AUCAUGUUGGGACUGGUCGGUAUCCCCAUAUUCUUCAUGGAACUGUCCCUGGGUCAGUUUUCUAGCAUGGGGCCAGCUACUUGUUGGGGAUUCGCUCGACUCUUCAGAGGUAUUGGUUUUGGAAUGGUCAUAGUAUCAUCUCUAGUAUGUAUUUAUUAUAAUAUGAUUAUUGGAUGGGCGUUCUAUUAUCUCUUCGCCUCAUUCACCUCAGUUUUGCCCUGGACAACUUGUGACCCAGCCUGGAGUACUGAACGUAAGUGGUUUUAA